UAAUAAACUUUGCAACGGUCCAUAAUACAUUAAACAUCCAAUCAGUUAUUUACUACGCAAAGACUUACGUAACCUGUGCUACAAAAUUAUUAAAGGCGGUGGUCAAAACACGAACUAACUUACACACCCACUAAAGCCAAGUGUAGCGUGCCACCGUAGCGACAGUGCAACCGUACUAUGUUAUUUUGUGAUAAGAUUGACUUGUUAGAUUUAUUUCUCACAUUGUAUCAAAAACAUGGAACCAAAUCGGACUAUUGACAGUUUAAUGAAGCAAUAUUUACCUAAAGAGCAAUUGAAGGAAUUCAACAGAAUAUAUUACGGCAGGGAAGAUCAUUGCGAGUUGAAUUUAAAGAAAUCAACAAAUCAAGCCGGCGAAGAAGAUAAUGUCGAGAUUGCGGCGUAUUCUUUUGAUGCUGCAAAAGAAGAAACCAGAAAACCGAGGUUAGUGAAACUGGGCUUAAUCCAACAUUCAAUUGCUUUGCCAACCAAUACGUCGAUUAAAGAACAAAGACAGGCAACUUUUGCUAAAAUUAAAAAGAUUAUACAAAUAGCGGCAGGAGAAGGAGUGCAGAUUCUUUGCUUGCAAGAAACAUGGUCAAUGCCGUUCUUUCUAUGUACGAGAGAGAAGGAUAGAUGGUCAGAAUUUGCGGAAUCAGCUGAAAAAGGACCAACGAUCACGUUUAUUUCUGAACUAGCAAAGAAACAUGGAAUGGUCAUAAUAUCACCUAUUCUAGAAAAGGAUGGUAACGGAGUGUGGUGGAAUGCAGCCGUAGUUAUUGACGAAAAUGGCUCGGUGAUGGGCAAACAUCGUAAAAACCAUUUACCAAGCAUAGGCAGCUUUAGCGAAACGUCGUAUUAUUCGCCAGGUGACACCAGCCAUCCAGUUUUCGAUACUAAAUUUGGAAAAAUUGCCGUUAACAUUUGCUACGGACGCCAUCAAGCUUUAAACUGGCUCAUGUUUGCUUUAAAUGGCGCUGAAAUUGUCUUCAAUCCAUGUGCAACGAUAUCAGCAUUUGGUGAGUCUUUUUGGGGAAUUGAGGCUCGAAAUGCUGCUAUAGCAAACAGUUACUUCACAUGCAGCAUUAACAGAGUUGGAACGGAAGAAUUUACUCUCCAAGAUGGAACUAAUAAAGUGUUUAGAAGUUAUUAUGGAUCCAGUUAUUUAACUGCACCUAAUGGAUGUAGAACUCCGAGCCUAUCAAGAGAGAAAGACGGUCUUUUGAUUGCAGAAAUAGAUUUAAACCUAUGCAGACAGAUAAAAGACCACUGGAGUUUUAACAUGACUGCAAGGUUGGAUAUGUAUGCUGAUGAAUUGCGUAAAAUAAACUCUUAACUGAUUUAAUUGUAA